GUUUCCCCGACAGCUGGAGGCUGCGUGGGAUCCGGCGGCGGCUCGGAGCUCAGCGGUGCGGCCUUCCCCGCCCCCUCUCUCCCUCCUCCCCCGCCCGUUUCCGCCCGGCUUAUUAUCCUUCUUAUUGACAAACAGCGGCCGCGGCAGCGACUCUCAGCGUGCAUCUGUAGCCAAGCCAUGGGAGACAAGAAGAGCCCCACCAGGCCGAAGCGACAGCCGAAGCCGUCCUCGGAUGAGGGUUACUGGGACUGUAGCGUCUGCACCUUCCGGAACAGCGCCGAGGCCUUCAAGUGCAUGAUGUGCGAUGUGCGGAAGGGCACCUCCACCCGAUCCACAUUCUUUGAAGUUAUUGUGAAUGCCUUGAGGACCAAGGGACCGUUGAAAUUUCCAAUUUCAGGAAGGAAGCCUCGGCCUGUCUCCCAGUUGGUUGCACAGCAGGUUACUCAGCAGUUUGUGCCCCCUACACAGUCAAAGAAAGAGAAAAAAGAUAAAGUAGAAAAAGAAAAAAGUGAAAAGGAAACAACUAGCAAAAAGAACAGUCAUAAGAAAACCAGGCCAAGAUUGAAAAAUGUGGAUCGGAGUAGUGCUCAGCAUUUGGAAGUUACCGUUGGAGAUCUGACAGUGAUUAUUACAGACUUUAAGGAGAAAACGAAGUCACCGCCUGCAUCUAGUGCUGCUUCUGGAGAUCAACACAGUCAGAGUGGCUCUAGCUCUGAUAAUACAGAGAGGGGAAUGUCCAGGUCAUCUUCACCCAGAGGAGAAGCCUCAUCAUUGAAUGGAGAAUCUCAUUAAAGUUUAUUUUCUCCAGUUUCUUAGUCACUUCUGUCAUACCAUGCAAGUACACAGAUUAUGCCAAUAUUACCACAUUUUCAUGACAAACAUACUCAUGCACAAUCCAUAAUUUGCGUUUUACAUAAAAUAGGAAUUUGUUAGAAUUUGUUAGAUUUUAUUGCAAUCUGUGCCUACCAGACAUUUCCAGACUUUAACAUUUUGGUCUCCACAGUUAAAGGUGCCAUGAAAAUGUGUUUGACUUAUUCAUUAUUGCAGUGUUAUUGGUAAGUCUAUUUUCACUUUUAGUUUAGUGAAUUCUAACACAUAAAUCUUAAAUUCUCUACUAUUGGCAUGUAACGAAUUUAAAUUUUUAUAACAUAGUGCAAGCUGCCUAAAUAUGUAUUAUUUGAGAAUUGUGAAACAAAUAGUUAUAUGUAUACAAGUCAAAGAUCAACUUAAUCAACUAUUGCUGCAACAAGAUUUUCUUAAUGGUUAUCCUCUUAAUACACCUGCUGGUACUUGGUGUGGUUAAAUAGGAAAAUUGUUAUUAAAUAAAGAAUUUGUAUGAACCAUUGCCAAUGUUUUUGACACAUUUUACUAAAUUAUUAUUCCUGAAUUAUAUUUCUGGUUUUAUCUUUUCUUUAAUUUUUUUGUUUUUUUUUUCUUAUCUUUCAAAACAUUCAUUUAUUGUAAUGUUUACUCUCACAUAAGUAAACAAUAAAACAUUGAUUAUUUAGCUUUAUAAUUCAGGUUUAGUUCUAUUGUCAUUGAACACUGGUAUUUUCUGUAUUAAAUAAAAAAUUAAAAUUCAAUUAAUUAUAAUUGAAGCAUUUGGCUAAUGCAGAAGAGAAAAGAAACCUGCCAUAUUUUAAAAGCUGUAAUUUUGGAAAAGCUUUAACUUAAUAGUUCUAUCACUGUUUCCUUGCCCCAAACUUUAUCCAGGGUUAUAGAGGUAUGAAUCUAAUUAAUACAGAAAAGGAAACUGUUGCACAGAACUGGGGAACAAAUAGUCUUAAAAUCAGUUUAAUUGGCCUCUUCUUAAAUGUAACAAUUCUUAUGAAAAUCAUAGUGCCCUACUUACAGACACAUCUGCCAGUUUAUGCAUUUCUCAAUAUCUCCAAGUGAAAAGUAUUUACAGCCCCACUUACUAUUAUGCAAAGUUAUGAAUAAAAUAUUUUUAUGACUACAGAUUUUGCAUUUUUGUUUACAACUAAUAAAGUGUUUUAUGUUAUAUUUAAAAAUCAAACCUAGAAACCACACAGUACUUCCUAAAUUCUCCUAGGGUCUCCUGCUUUUUCUUAGCCAUUUGCUUAAUAUAUAGCCACCUGUAGGAGACUUCUGCAGUAUAAAUGAACUUAAAAACAUAAGUUGGAUACGAAAUAUCACAUAAAGACAUGAUAGCAUUUCAAGAAAAAAAUAAAGCUGUAGACCCUGACCGUUGUGAUAUUUGGUGGUUUCAUGUGGCAAUGUAAUUUUCUGUUUAAUUGCAGUACUUUUUACAGGCACAAUGGUACUGUCUUAUUUGUAAGAUGUAGUUGUGAAAAACAGUUAUUUGCAUACAGUAAAAGUCUGUGAUUAAAGCAUUUAUAUACCUCAUUCUUUAGUGUUAUUGACAAAUUAAAAUUUGUUUUUAUUAUAAGAUACUUUCAGUGGAACCUCAACUAACUGGUUAUGUUCUUUUAAAACAUGAAGUCUUUUUGUCCUAAUUUUUUAUGUGUUUCAAAUAUUUUUUAUAUACUUAUUUUUAGACAGAGCAAAAAUUACAAGUAAUAGUUACAGGGAAAAUAUCCUAAAUUUUAAGUCAAAACUAUGCUUUAGAGGUACUGGAUCUUCUGAUGAUGCUCAAAUACUUUCAGGAUGUAUUUUAAAUGGACUGCAAAAGAGAAAAAUUUGACAGAAGGUGGGAUUUUACCUGAAUGUGGGGUGGGAGCACAGUCAUCUUUCUGUAUUACUGGGGAGAUAAUGUAGCAUGGGAAUUAAGAGUACCAACUGGUGUCUGGUGUUUGAAUCCCUGUUGUAGAACCUAAGUGAGCUUGAGGAAAUCACUCAAGGUCAUUUCCCAUGUGUUAAACAGGGUGAUGAUAAUCAUAUCUAACUCAUAGGGUUGUUGGGAGGAUUAAAUGCCAAUCAUAUCAAAUUCUUAAAAUUACCUGACACAUACUGGAUACUCAGUAAAUGUGAGCCUUUACUGUCUUAAUCAGUAAAAUCCCAUUACAAAAAUACAAAAAUCAUUUCCAUGUCCUCUUGGAUGACUGAAGGGAAUUGUGUUCUGCAGGUUACACUGAAUUUUCUACAUCAGGUGUCUGCUCUGAUCCCAGAGCAGCUGUCUUUCUAUAAUUGAAGCACAUGGUGGUAUGCACUAUGACACAGGAGAAAUUAAUCUAGUUGGCUAGUUUAAAAUUUUCUUUUCCUUUCGUUAAUCAUAAUUAUCUUACUUGCCUUCAUUUCACCCUACCUCAAACAUUUCCAAAUGAGGAAGUAGUCCGAAAUCUAAAUAUUUACACAGAAUAUUAAAAUAUUUGAAAAGAUUCAGAGCCUGGGUUUAAGGUACAUUUUUAGUUCUGUUUCAUAAAUUUACCCUGUGAUUUUAGUAAUGGGUUUUUUUUAAACCAAAUCCCUUAUGAAAAGAGAAUUUGGAUGAUUUUCAGAGUUUAUUACCAUAUUUUGAUAUAAGUAAGAGUGAAGAUACAAUUUAAGGCAUAAAAGAACACAUACUCUUAAAGCCUUUUGUAUUACACAGUAGAAAUAGUUGACUUAAAUAAAGGUUUUAUUUUUAUUAAAUACUUCCCUAAAGUUAUAGUGAUGAGAGUAGACAAAGUGAAAACAUUAAAAAGGAAGAAAAACAGCAUUUCUAAGUUGAUUGCAUAUUGCCUUUCUUUUAGAUAAAAAUCCUUUAUUGCCUAAAAAGAAUGUAGUUUUUGCAUAUUAUAUGCAUUAAUGCUAACAGAGGCGUCCAACCUUUUGGUGUCUCUGGGCCACACAUUAAAUACACAAACACUAACAAAAACUGAUGAAAAAAAAGGUUUUAAGAAAAUUUCUGAUUUUGUGUUGGGCCACAUUCUUAGCCAUCCUGGGCCAAAUGCAGGGCACGGGCCAGACACCCCUUAGUUUCCAUUUAGGCCAUUUUUUACUUAUUUUCUUGGUGUGCAACUUACCUCUUCUCCAGAGUCUUUUAAAAACCUGAUGUAGGAACUGGGAAGUUGACAACAGCUUGUGCUUUGAAAAUUAGGAGAAAAAAGUUUGUGUAAGGAUAAGGAUAACCAUAAAAUAAUACUCUGACUUACUAGCAUUGCCCCUCCUACCCCAUCCCUUUAAAUACAAGCACCUUCAGUUGUCUGGAACACGUGUAGAUAAUUGAAGUGUGGAAAAGUUAUCAGUGACAAAAACAGAAUCGAGAGAUGAUGAAGGUUACAGAAUAUAGGACAUGACUGAUCACUUUGUGAAAAGCGGAAGUGAGAGAAUGCCUUCACUGGCUAUUGAUGAAAAAUAAGCCCCACUAAUACCAAAGGCAAGGACAAUAGGAAUGGGAAAGAAAUGAGGGAAGAAGAGGGGGAAGAACAAAGCACAAAUAGCAGAAAUUAGGUAAUGGGGCAUUGGGAUGCAAUCUGGAUAAUAGAGAAAAAUUACUAGGAAUGGAGAGAGAACAAAUAGAGCAUGUUUGUCUCAAUAUUUAAAAACAUUUUAUGAUACAUUCAUAAUGAUUCAAUCAUUGAAGUUUCAGUUCUUUAGACUUCACUAGGGCAGCAGUAUGUGUAAUAACUUCAGAAUGAUUUCCUUCAAAACCAGUUCAUUUUAAGAGAUGCCAUAGAGAAGUUUUACCUUGAAUUGCAUUAACACUUUACUUCCCUGAAUGCACAUCCCUGCUAGCCCAGGUAAUGGAAACACUAUGUUUUUAAUGUGGCAUUGUGUUUAGCCAGUGAAGAAUAUCUCUGCCUUUAUGGAAUAAGCUAAUUCUGGAGCAUAUGAAAGCUGUGAUAAGAACUUAUAUGGAAAAAUCAAGUAUAGCUCUGAAAGGUUUCAGUGCCAUGGGACAUAUUUCAUGCUCUGAAUCCUUUUCUGGCGGUGGUCCUCGUACCUUACCCUCCUCGCCGACCUCUCCCUCCAUCCACCCCACUCCCAUCCCUGCCCCUCCCAUCAGUAGCUGUAGACUAUAGUGGCUGUUUUAUCAUUGUAAUACUUUCAGUAUUUUCCUGAAUAUAUCAAAGGCAAAUCAAUUUGCCUUUUCCUUAAUCAGUAUUAUUCAACUCUGAACAUUUAUUGAGUAUUUGUGUUCUAGGCACUACUGGGCUUGGGGUUGGUUACAAAGAGGACAAAGAUGUGGUACUCAGAGGAGAGAUCUCUAAAUUAUUACAGUGCCAUCAAUGCAUUAAUAAAAAUAUUUGUACAAUACAGAGGUAGCAGUGAGGAGGGUGUGCUUGUUACGCUUUCUUGUCUAGAAAAUUCAUCUUGGCCAAAGUAUCCACUGCAGGUCCACACCGAGAAUAUUAGGAUCUCAUCUUGAUAGUUGCAGAUGAUAAUGUUGGGUGUCACAAGUAGUUUUAGCCAGUACUGUUUCAUUUCCCAGCUUGAAUUUUGCAAAGUUGAAAACUUUAAGCCAUGUAAUGUGAUGUUAUUUUCUUGAACAAAAUUUUUAAAAAUCAGCAAACAGCUGAAUGAGAUCUGUGGUUGUCUUUUUGUGAAGAUUAUUGAGGGAACAUUACAUUACUCAGAAUUCAAAUGAGGGCUUUUAUUUAGACCUGUUUCAGGAAAAGUUUUACUUCUGAGAAAUCAAUUUGCCUUUUCCUUAUGGACAAUGCAAAUCAUUAAUUUUUUGCUUUAGUCAUGAGAAAUCUCAGAUUAAAAUUAAACUUACUUUUAAUAGUUAUGUAGGAUACAACUGCCUGCAUGUCUAUAUUCUAACUUAUUUUUCCUAGAUUCAGAUUUUUAUCUACUUACAGUCUCCCCUGUGUUCUUAUAAAGUUCCUCAAAUCUCUUCUGUAAAUAAGGCUAAAUAGUAAUAUUUUUUUAAGAAGCUAAAAAACUGCUUUAUUUCAGGGUGUGAGGAUAAGCCCCAACAGGAGCUUUCUGGGGCAAGGAGCCAGUAAAGUAGUGCCUCUCCAGCUGGAAUUCCUGAUCAGUGGCAAUAAUAUACAAGUUUGGCAGGUCUUGAGAUUAUACCUUGGUUUAGAUCUGCUGACCUUGGAAGUAGGGAGUUGGGAUGAAAGCUACCAUACCAUCUUUAUACUUCCAUUAACUCUUUUAGCAAGACAGUUUAGAAACUAAACUGGGUACCAAGAUUUAUUUAGACUUUUUUAUAUGUAUUAUUUUCACUACCCUCUUUUAAUUCAUAAUAGCAAUGAAAUGAGCCUAUGUUUACUUGGGAGUCAGCAAGGUUGAGAAGAGUUGGGAUAGUGUUUAAAACCACUUUGAGAGAAAAAGACUCCUAAAGGACAAAAUAGCAGUGAAAGCGUUUUUUUUUUUUUUUUUUUUUUUUAAAGGAAAGCAGUCUUGAGUUUAAGAACCAAGUGGCUUGGCCUUAGGCCUAAGAGGUAGUUUUUGAUCUUUGAUAAUAAAAGUAAAUUUAAAAAAAAAACGACCUGUGUUUCCAGUACAGGAUAAUUUAAGGGGCACUUAAUUAGAACACAAUUUUUUUUUUUUUUACUUUAUUUAAAAUAUGUAGCCCCAGCUGGUGUAGCUCAGUGGAUUGAGUGCCGGUCUGGGAACCAAGGGUCCCUGGUUCGAUUCCCAGUCAGGGCACAUGCCUGGGUUGUGGGCCAGGUCCCCAGUUUUGGGGCACGAGAGGCAACCCACACAAUGAUGUUUCUCUCCCUCUUGUUGUCCCUUCUGCUUAAAUUUAAUAUAGAAAUGUAAAAAAAAAAACCCCAUUUAUUGUAGGACUGUCUAGUGAUGUAAUUUCUGUAUAGAAAAGAAGAUGGAUAACUAGAAUUCUGAUUGUUUUCAGCUAAGCACUGGACUUCUGAAGUGUGAUGGUAUUCAAUUAUUUUCAGACUUCAAUUUUGGGGAACCUGGGUUAGGAGAAUGUGUGCAUAUGUAUUUGAAUUCUGAUUUUCCCCAUGACUAUACUUCCCUGCAAACCUAGCUUUUAAUUUACUGACAGCAUUUAUUUUAAAAUCAUAGAUUAUAAUCUAUUGUAGUAAUCGGAAUGAAGAUUGAGCCAGGAAGAAAUACAGAGAUGGUCCACAGGAUAGUUCUUGCUCUCCUCCCCACUCCAUCCUCUCCAUACUCUCCCUCCCUUGUGGCUGUGAACACCAGCUAAAUUUGGGGAUUAUAUAGGAGCUAAGGUGUCCCCAUUCAUUCAUUUUCUACUACCACUUUUUCUAAUCUUGUGGUUUAUAGAUGAGCUUUUUUUUUUUUUUUUUUUUUCAGUUUUUUUACUCUCUUCCUACUGUGACCCCACCCUCUUCCCAAAUUUGCUGGUCUGAAGGAACACUUAAAAUGAAACACUUUUUUGUUUAAACUGGCUACAUUAUUGUCUUUUUCCUCCAGUCCCACGAGGUCUUUCAGAAAUGGACUGUGGAAAAUGGAGAAAUUUCACUAGAAGCCUGCUGGAGGAGAGAAUACUUUUUACUUUCAGUCUGAGUUUCUGGGUCUUUGUGCUCUGUAACUAAUCUGACCUGUAUUUUUCUGAUUGUAAAAUUUUGUUUUAAUCUGUCAACAGGUUUUAAACCUCUCAACAGGUUUUCAUAUAACAUUGAUUUUUUUUCUUAAUUUGCAUCACUCAGUUUAGCAUUUAUCUGUUCGUAUAGCAUGGUAUAAUGGAA